UCAUUCUUUCAGGGGUCAAGUCCUUCCUGCUCACACACUUCUGAACACAGUAGAUGUUGAACUUAUCUAUGAAGGAAUCAAAUAUGUACUUAAGGUGACUCGACAGUCUCCCAACUCUUAUGUGGUGAUCAUGAACGGCUCCUGUGUGGAAGUCGAUGUGCAUCGGCUGAGUGAUGGUGGAUUGCUCUUAUCCUAUGAUGGCAGCAGUUACACCACUUACAUGAAGGAGGAAGUGGACAGAUACCGAAUCACAAUUGGCAAUAAAACCUGUGUGUUUGAGAAGGAAAAUGACCCAUCUGUAAUGCGCUCACCUUCUGCUGGGAAGUUAAUCCAGUAUAUUGUGGAAGAUGGAGGCCAUGUGUUUGCUGGCCAGUGCUAUGCUGAGAUUGAGGUAAUGAAGAUGGUGAUGACUUUAACAGCCGUAGAGUCAGGCUGCAUUCAUUAUGUCAAGCGACCUGGAGCAGCUCUUGACCCUGGCUGUGUGAUAGCCAAAAUGCAGCUGGACAACCCCAGUAAAGUCCAACAGGCUGAGCUUCACACAGGUAUUCUGCCAAAGAUCCAGAGCACAGCUCUCAGAGGUGAGAAGCUCCAUCGGGUGUUCCACUAUGUCCUGGAUAACCUGGUCAAUGUGAUGAGUGGAUACUGCCUUCCAGAUCCUUUCUUCAGCAGCAGGGUAAAAGACUGGGUAGAACGAUUGAUGAAAACUCUCAGAGAUCCCUCCCUGCCUCUUCUAGAGUUGCAGGAUAUCAUGACCAGUGUUUCUGGCCGUAUACCCCUCAAUGUGGAGAAGUCUAUUAAGAAAGAAAUGGCUCAGUAUGCUAGCAACAUCACAUCAGUCCUCUGUCAGUUUCCCAGCCAACAGAUUGCCAACAUCCUAGAUAGUCAUGCAGCUACCCUGAAUCGGAAAUCUGAGCGGGAAGUCUUCUUCAUGAACACCCAGAGCAUUGUCCAGCUGGUACAGAGGUACCGAAGUGGCAUCCGUGGCCACAUGAAGGCUGUGGUGAUGGACCUGCUCCGACAGUAUCUGCGUGUAGAAACACAGUUCCAGAAUGGCCACUACGACAAAUGUGUGUUUGCCCUUCGGGAAGAGAACAAAAGUGACAUGAAUACUGUUCUGAACUACAUCUUCUCCCACGCUCAGGUCACCAAAAAGAAUCUUCUGGUCACAAUGCUUAUUGAUCAGUUGUGUGGACGGGACCCUACACUUACUGAUGAGCUGCUAAAUAUCCUCACAGAGCUAACUCAACUCAGCAAGACCACCAAUGCUAAAGUGGCACUGAGGGCUCGUCAGGUUCUUAUUGCUUCCCAUUUGCCAUCAUAUGAGCUUCGCCAUAACCAAGUAGAGUCUAUCUUCCUAUCAGCCAUUGACAUGUAUGGACACCAGUUUUGCAUUGAGAACCUGCAGAAACUCAUUCUAUCGGAAACAUCUAUUUUUGAUGUCCUACCAAACUUUUUUUACCACAGCAACCAAGUGGUGAGGAUGGCAGCUCUGGAGGUAUAUGUUCGAAGGGCUUAUAUUGCCUAUGAACUUAACAGCGUACAACACCGCCAGCUUAAGGACAACACCUGCGUGGUGGAAUUUCAGUUCAUGCUGCCCACAUCUCAUCCAAACAGAGGGAACAUCCCCACGCUAAACAGAAUGUCCUUUGCCUCCAACCUCAACCACUAUGGCAUGACUCAUGUAGCUAGUGUCAGCGAUGUUCUGCUGGACAACUCCUUCACUCCACCUUGUCAGCGGAUGGGCGGAAUGGUCUCUUUCCGAACCUUUGAAGAUUUUGUCAGGAUCUUUGAUGAAAUAAUGGGCUGCUUCUGUGACUCCCCUCCCCAAAGCCCCACAUUCCCAGAGUCUGGUCAUACAUCGCUCUAUGAUGAGGACAAGGCCCCCAGGGAUGAACCAAUACACAUUCUGAAUGUGGCUAUCAAGACUGAUGGUGAUAUUGAGGAUGACAGGCUUGCAGCUAUGUUCAGAGAGUUCACACAGCAAAAUAAAGCUACUCUGGUUGAGCAUGGGAUCCGGCGACUUACGUUCCUGGUUGCACAAAAGGAUUUCAGGAAACAGGUCAACUGUGAGGUGGAUCAGAGAUUUCAUAGAGAAUUUCCCAAAUUUUUCACAUUCCGAGCAAGGGAUAAGUUUGAGGAGGACCGAAUUUAUCGUCACUUGGAGCCUGCUCUGGCUUUCCAGUUAGAGCUGAACCGGAUGAGAAAUUUUGACCUCACUGCCAUUCCAUGUGCUAAUCACAAGAUGCACUUGUACCUUGGAGCAGCUAAGGUGGAAGUGGGCACUGAAGUGACUGACUACAGGUUCUUCGUCCGAGCAAUCAUCAGGCAUUCUGAUCUGGUCACAAAGGAAGCUUCUUUUGAAUAUCUACAAAAUGAAGGGGAGCGACUGCUCCUGGAAGCCAUGGAUGAAUUGGAAGUUGCUUUUAAUAAUACAAAUGUCCGCACUGAUUGUAACCACAUCUUCCUCAACUUUGUGCCCACAGUCAUCAUGGACCCAUCAAAGAUUGAAGAAUCUGUGCGAAGCAUGGUAAUGCGCUAUGGAAGUCGUCUGUGGAAAUUGCGCGUCCUCCAGGCAGAACUGAAAAUCAACAUUCGCCUGACAACAACUGGAAAAGCAAUUCCCAUCCGCCUCUUCCUGACAAAUGAGUCUGGCUAUUACUUGGACAUCAGCCUGUAUAAGGAAGUGACUGACUCCAGGACAGCACAGAUCAUGUUUCAGGCAUAUGGAGACAAGCAGGGCCCCCUGCAUGGAAUGUUAAUCAAUACUCCAUAUGUGACCAAAGACCUUCUUCAGUCAAAGAGGUUUCAGGCACAGUCCUUAGGAACAACGUAUAUAUAUGAUAUCCCAGAGAUGUUUCGACAGUCACUCAUCAAACUCUGGGAGUCUAUGUCCAGUCAAGCAUUCCUUCCCUCACCCCCUCUGCCUUCCGACAUGCUGACAUACACUGAACUGGUGUUGGAUGAUCAAGGUCAGCUGGUCCAUAUGAACAGGCUUCCAGGAGGAAAUGAGAUUGGCAUGGUAGCUUGGAAAAUGAGCCUUAAAAGCCCUGAAUAUCCAGAUGGCCGAGAUAUCAUUGUCAUUGGCAAUGACAUUACAUAUCGCAUUGGGUCCUUUGGGCCUCAAGAGGAUUUGCUGUUUCUCAGAGCUUCUGAACUUGCCAGGGCAGAAGGCAUCCCACGCAUCUAUGUGGCAGCCAACAGUGGAGCUAGAAUUGGACUGGCAGAAGAAAUCCGUCAUAUGUUCCACGUGGCCUGGGUAGAUCCAGAAGAUCCCUACAAGGGAUACAAGUAUUUAUAUCUGACACCCCAGGAUUAUAAAAGAGUCAGUGCUCUCAAUUCUGUCCACUGUGAACAUGUGGAGGAUGAAGGAGAAUCCAGGUACAAGAUUACAGAUAUUAUUGGGAAAGAAGAAGGACUUGGAGCAGAGAACCUUCGGGGUUCUGGAAUGAUUGCUGGAGAAUCUUCAUUGGCUUAUGAUGAGAUCAUCACCAUCAGCCUGGUUACAUGCCGGGCCAUUGGUAUUGGGGCUUACCUUGUCCGGCUGGGACAAAGAACCAUCCAGGUUGAGAAUUCUCACUUAAUUCUGACAGGAGCUGGUGCCCUCAACAAAGUCCUUGGCCGGGAAGUAUACACCUCCAACAAUCAGCUUGGGGGCAUCCAGAUCAUGCACAACAACGGGGUUACCCAUUGCACUGUUUGUGACGACUUUGAGGGGGUCUUCACAGUCUUACAUUGGCUGUCAUACAUGCCUAAGAGCGUGCAUAGUUCAGUUCCUCUCCUGAAUUCCAAGGAUCCUAUAGAUAGAAUCAUCGAGUUUGUUCCCACAAAAGCCCCAUAUGAUCCUCGGUGGAUGCUGGCAGGCCGUCCUCACCCAACCCAGAAAGGCCAAUGGUUGAGUGGAUUUUUUGACUAUGGAUCCUUCUCAGAGAUAAUGCAGCCCUGGGCACAGACUGUGGUGGUUGGUAGAGCCAGGUUAGGGGGAAUACCUGUGGGAGUAGUUGCUGUAGAAACCCGAACUGUGGAACUCAGUAUCCCAGCUGAUCCUGCAAACCUGGAUUCUGAAGCCAAGAUAAUCCAGCAGGCUGGCCAGGUUUGGUUCCCAGACUCUGCAUUUAAGACCUAUCAGGCUAUCAAGGACUUCAAUCGUGAAGGGCUACCUCUAAUGGUCUUUGCCAACUGGAGAGGCUUCUCUGGUGGGAUGAAAGAUAUGUAUGACCAAGUGCUCAAAUUUGGCGCUUACAUUGUGGAUGGCUUGCGGGAAUGUUCCCAGCCUGUUAUGGUUUACAUUCCUCCCCAGGCUGAGCUUCGGGGUGGUUCUUGGGUUGUGAUCGAUCCUACCAUCAACCCUCGGCACAUGGAGAUGUACGCUGACAGAGAAAGCAGGGGAUCUGUUCUGGAACCAGAAGGGACAGUAGAAAUCAAAUUCCGCAAAAAGGAUCUAGUGAAAACCAUGCGUCGGGUAGACCCAGUCUACAUCCACUUGGCUGAGCGAUUGGGCACCCCAGAGCUAAGCCCCAUUGAGCGGAAGGAGCUGGAGAACAAGUUGAAGGAACGGGAGGAGUUCCUAAUACCCAUUUACCAUCAGGUAGCUGUGCAGUUUGCUGACUUGCACGACACACCAGGCCGGAUGCAGGAGAAGGGUGUUAUUAACGACAUCUUAGACUGGAAAACAUCCCGUAGCUUCUUCUACUGGCGGCUGAGGCGUCUCCUGCUGGAGGACCUGGUAAAGAAAAAAAUCCACAAUGCCAACCCUGAGCUGACUGAUGGGCAGAUCCAGGCUAUGUUAAGACGCUGGUUUGUAGAAGUGGAAGGCACAGUGAAGGCUUAUGUUUGGGACAAUAAUAAGGACCUGGUGGAGUGGCUAGAGAAACAACUGACGGAGGAAGAUGGUGUCCGAUCAGUGAUAGAAGAGAACAUCAAAUACAUCAGCAGGGACUAUGUCCUCAAGCAGAUCCGCAGCUUGGUACAGGCCAAUCCAGAAGUUGCCAUGGAUUCCAUCGUCCACAUGACCCAGCACAUCUCACCCACCCAGCGAGCAGAAGUUGUGAGGAUCCUCUCCACCAUGGAUUCCCCUUCCACAUAG